UGAGGUGCCGCUUCUGCUCUGGAGCUGCGUGGGCAGGCGGGAGCCUCACCACCUUACCCUCAGGUCCGGGACGCCCUGAUGCUGGCCGACGAGCCCUUCCUGCUGGUGCUGGAGGAAGAUGGCACCACUGUGGAGACGGAAGAGUAUUUCGAAGCCCUGGCAGACGACACGGUGUUCAUGGUUCUCCAGAAGGGGCAGAAAUGGCAGCCCCUCUGCGAGCAGGGGCCUAGGUACCCCGUGUCCCUCUCCCACAAACCGGCCAAGAAGAUCGAUGUGGCCCGGGUCACUUUCGACCUGUACAAGAUGAGCCCGCAGGACUUCUUCGGCUACCUGAACGUGAAGGCCACGCUCUACGGCACCUACUCCCUCUCGUACAACCUGAACUGCUGCGGGGCCAAGCGCAUGGUGAAGGAAACUGUGCGCUGGGCGCUCCUGAGCAUGCAGGCCACUGGUCACUUGCUGCUGGGCACCUCAUGUUACAUGCAGCAGCUCCUGGACGCCACAGAGGGGGGGCAGCCCCCCAAGGGCAAGGCCCCGUCCCUCGUCCCCACCUGCCUGAGGAUACUGCAGUGAAGGCCGGCGUUCUUGGAGCCCUCCCCCAGGCCAGCCCGGACUGGGAGGGGGGUGCUGGCUCGCCGGCACCCCCAAGCUUGG